AUGUGCAACGAUCCAAGUACAAACGGCCAGAAUGGCGACGCCAACGGCAUCACCAACGGUAACGGCGCCGACAAGAAGCCUAGAUCCGUCCCAUACAAGGCCAUUGGCGACUACCUAUCAAAUACCGGCCGCUUCAAGAUUAUUGAGAGCACGCUCCGUGAGGGUGAGCAAUUCGCCUCGGCGUUUUUCGAUACUGCAACCAAGGUCAAGAUCGCAACGGCUCUCUCAGACUUCGGCGUGGAUUACAUUGAGUUGACUUCGCCGGCGGCGUCUCCUCAAUCCAAGGCUGAUUGCGAGACAAUCUGCAAGCUUGGUCUCAAGGCCAAAAUCCUCACUCAUGUGAGAUGUACAAUGGAGGAUGCUAAGUUGGCGGUGGAGACCGGUGUUGAUGGUGUCGACGUUGUUAUCGGAACCUCCUCCUUCCUCCGCGAGUUCUCCCACGGCAAGGACAUGGCAUACAUCACCAAGUCCGCCAUCGAGGUCAUCGAGUUCGUCAAGAGCAAGGGUCUCGAGAUCCGCUUCUCCUCCGAGGACUCCUUCCGCUCCGACUUUGUCGACCUUCUCGCCCUCUACAAGGCCGUCGACGAGGCUGGUGUUGACCGUGUUGGUAUCGCCGACACCGUCGGGUGCGCUUCCCCACGUACCGUCUACGAGCUGAUCCGCACCCUCCGUGGAGUCAUCAGCCAGAAGACCGAUAUCGAGACACAUUUCCACAACGACACCGGCUGUGCUAUUGCAAACGCCUUUGUCGCCUUAGAAGCCGGAGCAACACACGUCGACACUUCGGUACUGGGUAUCGGUGAGCGCAACGGUAUCACCCCGCUCGGUGGUUUCCUCGCCCGCAUGAUCGUCGAGGACCGCGACUACGUGCUGUCCAAAUAUAAGCUGCAGAAGCUCAAGGAGAUCGAGGACAUGGUUGCCGAGGCAGUCGAGGUCAACGUUCCGUUCAACAACUACGUGACUGGCUUCUGUUCAUUUACGCACAAGGCUGGCAUCCACGCCAAGGCUAUCCUCAACAACCCCUCCACAUACGAGAUCCUCAACCCCGCGGAUUUCGGAAUGACCCGCUAUGUUCACUUCGCGUCGAGAAUCACGGGAUGGAACGCCAUCAAGAGCCGUGUCGAGCAAUUGGGCUUGAAGAUGACUGAUGAUCAAGUUAAGGCUCUUACGGCCAAGAUCAAGGAGCUGGCGGAUAUCCGUCCACUCGCGAUUGACGAUACGGACGCGGUGAUUAGGUCAUUCCACCUGGACUUGGCUGAUAAAUAG